CCACGCGAAUUUUGGCAGCCCACAAACUGGAAAUUAUUUCGGGAACGACCAAGAAACGGCAGACCUCACUCUUCGCCUGUAGUCGACUUCAGGACAGACCCGAGGAAACAACAGAACCGACAGAAUGAAGUUCCUUAAGACGUCGAGGGUCUGCCUCGUUACCCGGGGUCGCUACGCCGGCAAGAAGGUUGUCAUCAUCCAGCCCGUCGACAACGGCAGCAAGACACACCCCUACGGCCACGCCCUGGUAGCGGGCAUCGAGCGGUACCCGAGCAAGAUCACGCGUCGCAUGUCCAAGGCGAGGCAGGAGAAGCGUUCAAAGGUCAAGCCUUUCAUCAAGGUCAUCAACUACAACCACCUGAUGCCCACCCGCUACACCCUCGAACUCGAGGGCCUCAAGUCCGCCCUCAGCUCCGACACCUUCAAGGAAGUCAGCCAGCGCGAGGAGGCCAAGAAGACUGUCAAGAAGGUGCUCGAGGAGCGCUACACAAGCGGCAAGAACCGGUGGUUUUUCACCCCUCUGCGGUUUUGAUCGGUUUUCCUCAAUUGGCUGGGCGGGGCGAACGGUUUUUUAUCGGGCUGUAUACAGCACUCAUCACGGAAUAAAAAUCUGAGGCUCACUGGCUGAAUUUUAUGGUGUCUUGA